AUGCAUCAAGUGUUUUCCAUGAAAGAAUUAGGAAAUAUCUCCUAUUUCCUUGGUAUUUCUAUCCAUGGUUCUCCCUCUUCUGGCUAUUUUUUAUCCCAGCAAAAAUAUGCUCAAGACAUUCUCACUAAGGCUGGUUUAUCUGAUUGCAAGCCGUGUUCUUCUCCUCUUGCUGUUAAACCUACUUCUCAGCCUCAUUCUACAGCUCCUUAUUCUAAUCCUACUCUCUAUCGAAGUUUGGUGGGAGCUUUGCAAUAUCUUACCAUUACCAGGCCGGAUUUAUCUCUUGCCGUUAAUCAAUGUUGCCAACAUAUGCAUGCCCCUACCAAUGGCCAUUUCUCUGCUGUUAAGCGCCUUCUUCGCUUUGUCAAAGGCACCCUUCAUCAUGGUUUACAGUUUUCUCCUAGUACAUUUGAUGUUCAUGCCUUUUCUGACUCCAAUUGGGCCGGGGAUGUUCUUGACCGCAAGUCUACCUCUGGUUAUUGUAUUUUCUUGGGUUCCAAUCUUAUAUCGUGGUCUGCCAAGAAACAGGCUACUGUUUCUCGAAGUUCUACUGAGGCCGAGUAUCGAGCCCUUGCUCACACCACUGCUGAGCUCACCUGGAUACUUAUGCUCCUACAUGAUCUUGACAUUCCUCUUCCUACUCUUCCUAUCCUUUGGUGUGACAAUGUCUCCGCCAUUGCUCUCGCAAAUAAUCCGGUGUUUCAUUCUCGGUCAAAGCAUAUAGAAGUUGAUUGUCACUUCAUUCGUGACAAAGUUCUUGCUAAACAAUUGCAUUUGCAAUACAUUCCUACCACCGAUCAGUUAGCGGAUAUCUUCACUAAACCCUUGUCUGUUGGCCGGUUUUCUUAUCUCAAAUCCAAGCUCAUGGAGUUUCAUCACCCCAUCAGCUUGUCGGGGCCUGAUAAGAUAUCACCUAUACCAGAUAAUCAGGAUAGCUGCAGUAUUACUCCUCCUGCAGAUGCACACACAGUAUCUCCUCCAUCAGUCAGUUAG